GAUUGGCUGACAAUUGUAACAACUGUCGUGCCAGCCAAUCCGGAGGCUCUGCGGGAAAGGCCGGGUCUUUGUGGUAAUCCCAGGGUGCCCGGGGUUUGGAGGCCUCGGCAGCGAUCGCUAAAUUCUGGAGUCCUUGUCGCACUGCUGGGUGAGGUCUUCCACAGGGAAGUUUUUCCUGCUUCACUUUCACCUUUAACCCUUACACCAGGGAGUGUCCCCUAACACAUCCAAACUACAGUUCAAGAGAGCAAGGCCCAGAAAAAGGUCAAGAUGGGGUUUAUGUUUUCAAAAUCUAUGAAUGAAAACAUGAAAAAUCAACAGGAGUUCAUGCUUAUAAAUGCUCGACUCCAGCUGGAAAGGCACCUAAUGUUGCAGAAUGAAAUGAGGGAAAGACAAAUGGCUAUGCAGAUUGCUUGGUCUCGGGAGUUCCUCAAAUAUUUUGGAACAUUUUUUGGCAUUGCAACCAUCUCUUUAACAACUGGAGCAAUAAAACAAAAGAAGCCAGUCUUCUUCAUCCCUAUAGUUCCAUUAAGCUUUAUCUUUGCCUACCAGUAUGAUUUGGGCUAUGGAACUCUUCUACAAAGAAUGAAAGGUGAAGCUGAAGACAUACUGGAAACUGAGAAGAGCAAGUUGCAGCUGCCAAAAGGAAUGAUCACUUUUGAAAGCCUUGAAAAAGCUAGAAAAGAACAGAGUAAAUUCUUCAUAGACAAAUGAAGCUCUGUUUACUGUGUGUAUCUCAAAGCACAAAAUUACUGGCUUGAAUCAUGAUUUUUACAAAAAUUUGUGGGGUUUUUUGGUACCAGGGAUCGAACUCAGGUCCUUGCACUUGCGCAGCAGGCAGUGAAACCACUGAGCUAAAUCCCAGCCCUACAACUUUUUAAAUGCUCAAGAUUUUGAUAUAUAAUAAAUUUUAUUUUAAAAUAUUAAAAUGCAACAUGAGAUUUAGUGAACUAUUUUAAAAUAAAAUUUAUAACAUUCAGCACAAAAUCAUGGAAGUAUUCUAAAUAACUUUCAGAUUUCCUAUAUGUGUAUUACAAAUUUCUAACUGUAAAAUUAAUAAAUUAUUUUGUUUUCAA